AUGGCGCGUAAGAACCCGAAUAUUGUCAUCACAGGCACACCUGGUGUAGGAAAGACGACACAUGCCGAGCAACUGGCUAGGGCGACCGGGUUCCAGCACCUAUCUGUGAACCAAAUCGUCAAAGACGAAGGAUUUCAUGAGGGCAAAGACGAAGAGACGGGGAGCUGGAUUGUAGACGAGGACAAGCUGCUUGAUCACCUUGAAACCCUCCCUCUCCACACAACCGGUGGCUACAUCCUCGACUGGCACGCCUGCGACCUCUUCCCCGAGCGCUGGAUCGACCUCGUCAUUGUCUUACGCUGCGACUCUACUACCCUAUACGAUCGCUUGACAGCACGAGGAUACAAGGGCAAGAAACUGGAAGAGAAUAUGGAUUCAGAGAUUAUGCAGGUCUUGCUUGACGAGGCGAGGGAGGGCUACAAGGAGGAUAUUGUGGUCGAGCUGAGGAGUGAUAGUGCUGAGGAUGUAGAGGGGAAUUUGGAGAGGAUAGAGCAAUGGGUUGAGAAUUGGAGGAAGGAUAGAGAGGGGCAGGCAGACGACGAGUAA